AUGUACAGGAGUCCCUUCUCCUGUGAGAUCCACCAGCUCUUGAGGACCGCAGGCAGCCUCCCCUUCUGCCCCUUGAAUUGGUGGAAUGGCUAUCAGUCACACCAGGGGGCGCUACAGAACUCCGCACGGCGCACGUGGUGGCUGCAGUUGUGCACUGAAGCCACCAGAGGGCGCCCGCGGACAGGGCCCCCGACACGGCCCGCGCAAGCUGCCUCUCUAGCCAAUAGUGGACCCGCUGCGCGCGUGCCCCUGCCGGCGCCCGCAUCUCUGCCCGCGUUCCGCGCCAGCGCCCUGCACUCCUGCGUUCAUCCCACCCGCGCUCCUGCCCCUUCCCGCUCCCCUGCCCGCGCCCCUGCCGGCACCCCGCGCCCCGGGGCCGAGCCGCCGCCGCCGCCGCCGCCGCACUUCUCUGAGACUUUCCCGAGUCUGCCGGCAGAGGGGAAGGCGUACAGCUCAGACGAGGAGAAGCUGGAGGCCCCGGUGGGCGACCUGGCGGGCAGCGAGCAGGAGGAGGAGGGCUCGGGAGCCGACAGCGAGGACGACAGCUUCCUGGAUGGUGCGGUGGGCGGCCCAGGGACACUCCUGGGACCAAAACCGAAGCUAAAGGAGGGCCUGGGGACUGCAGCUGAGGAGGGCGCGCCAGCGGCAGCAGGGGCGACGGCGCCCGGGGGCAAGAGCCGGCGGCGCCGCACAGCAUUCACCAGCGAGCAGCUCCUGGAACUGGAGAAGGAGUUUCAUUGCAAGAAGUACCUGUCACUGACAGAGCGCUCGCAGAUCGCCCACGCCCUCAAGCUCAGUGAGGUGCAGGUCAAGAUCUGGUUCCAGAACCGGCGCGCAAAGUGGAAGCGCAUCAAGGCCGGCAACAUCAGCAGCCGCUCCGGGGAGCCUGUGCGGAACCCCAAGAUCGUGGUGCCCAUCCCCGUGCAUGUCAACAGGUUCGCUGUGCGCAGCCAGCACCAGCAGAUGGAGCAGGGGGCCCGGCCCUGA